CCGGCUGAAAGAGAAAAAAAUGUCACCUAUUUAAAAAAAUAUUUAUUUCCCACUUUUAUUCUUCGAAUCUACGGUAGAAUUAAUUGGAAAAAAAAUAAUAUUCUUUUUGGAUCAGAAAAUAAUUAAAAUUCGCGAUAGCGAAAAAUUCUUGUUUUGAUCUUCCAUUGAAGGGUUCAUCGAUUUCUGGGAGCUUUCUGAUUCAAAGGGGUUUUUCAGAAAAUGGAGAAAGUAAUGAAUAUAUUGAAGCCAAAACCGAAUCCUCAACAGAUUUUGAGGGAUUGGCAACGUCGGCUACGGCAAGAGUGUCGGAAUAUUGAACGUCAAAUUCGAGAUAUACAAAGGGAGGAGAAGAAUGUACAGAAAGCAAUUAAAGAAGCAGCAAAGAGAAAUGAUAUGGGUUCUGCCAAGGCACUUGCUAAAGAGAUUGUGAGAUCUAAAAAAACUGUGAACCGAUUAUACGAGAAUAAGGCGCAGUUGAAUUCAAUAUCCAUGCACCUUGGGGAAAGUGUUGCCAUUGCUCGCACAGUGGGACAUUUGUCUAAGAGUGCUGAAGUCAUGAAGCUCGUCAAUAAUCUUAUGAAGGCUCCAGAAGUGGCUAUGACAAUGCAGGAGUUUAGUAAAGAAAUGACCAAGGCUGGUGUCAUGGAAGAAAUGGUCAAUGAUGCGGUGGACAGUGCCCUGGAUUCAGAAGACAUGGAAGAGGAAAUUGAAGAAGAAGUUGACAAGGUCUUGACUGCAAUUGCUGGUGAAACCACUGCACAACUACCUGAAGCAGUCCGAAAGGAGAAGCUAAAGCAACCCGCCCAGGCAGUGGAGGAUGCAGAGGAUGACGAGGAGGAUUUAGAAGAACUAAGGGCACGUCUUGCUAAAGUUAGAUCCUAAGUGAUUUUAAAAAUUGACUUGCACUGCCUCUAAGGCUGCGAUGUAAAAUAUGUUGUGUGUGAAACACAGACCUCUUCUAUGGUCUGACGAGCUGCAUCUUCUAUCUGGAAGAGAGGAUAUUGAAGUACCUUCUAUAUCUUAGAAUCAAUACUCAUGAUUUCUUGUAUUGAUUAUCAAUGUGAGUUGUGAUCUUUUUCUCUUUGCCCAUGCAUUUCACUGUAUGGAAACUGAAAAUCUAUGCUAACAACAUUUCUUGCUAUUUAGUAGAA